UCCCUUCUUUUUUCUUUUUUUUUGUUUUUUUUUGUUUUUUGUUUUAAUCUCUAGCUCUAGCUCUGUGCUUUCCCAUAUUCAGCCUCCAUUAAUUGUGUUGCUGUUGAACGAAGAAAGCUCAACUGAAGCAGACGUCUGCAAAUUCUAAGCUGUUUAAAUCUAUAAGCUUUGCAACAUCCGCUUGAUCUUGAUCAUGGAUAAGGUCCUCUAGAUUUCCCAAAAUGCAGAGUGGCUCAACCUGGUUUUUUCUCAUCUAGAAUGUGAAGUAGCUUUGCCAAAUCACUACGCUGAUCAACAAUGAAACCUAACUUUGACCUCGAAGUAAAGGCCUUUUCCGAAAAUGAUUCUGAAGUUAGCAGCCAAGUCGCUUCGACCAAGUCCAUCACCUCUGCAUCUCCCUCCAAAGACAGUGUCACGAACUCCUCGCAACUCACAAAUCUCGUAGCAGCUCAGUCGCAGUUGGAGCCGAUCACCCUCGACUUAACUCUCAGCUUCUAUACCGAUGAUUUAGGGGGAAGGGAUUCAGGACUCUCAUUGUCGAGCACAAGCGAGAGUAGCAACGAACUGGCAUCUCAUACUACAACAGCAGCCAUUUCGCGAGUCUUUUCUUGCAAUUACUGUCAACGCAAGUUCUUCAGCUCGCAGGCUCUUGGGGGCCACCAAAAUGCGCAUAAGAGAGAAAGAACACUGGCAAAGCGGGCAAUGAGAAUGGGAAUUUUCUCAGAGAGGUAUGCCAGCAGCCUAGCAUCUCUGCCUCUGCAUGGAUCUCCAUUCAGGUCAUUGGGAAUUAAGGCACACUCUUCAGCACACUACGGCUUUGUGCCACCAGUGAGGCCUCCUGAGAUCAGAAACAACAGCACAAAGUUUCAGCAGCAUGGAUAUUUAGGCAUGCCCAUUUUUGUGGAGGAUGACGAGGCGGAGCUGUUGUGGCCCGGCAGUUUCCGUCAGGUAUCCGAGGCAGGUAAUCCGCAUCCGAGUUUUGUACUGACUGAAAGUUCGAAUAUAAAUUUUGUAGAGAUGACUCCAUCAGUGGACAUAGACAACUCUACACCCGACCUCACAUUGAAACUUUAAGAGGGUAAUUCGAUGCUUUCAAAUCUGGCUUCAGUAUCUCCACAUUUGUUAUCUCUCUGUACAGUGAGAUGUGCCUGGGAAAUGAUGACUGCAAGCUCUUCUUCUUAUAGCUCUUUUUCUUGUACUUUUCUUCUUUUUUCUUUUGGUUAUCUACUUUGAAUGUUUGUCUAUGUAUAAGAGCUUCGCAUGGAUAAUUUGUAGCUCCUAUGCUUGUUAUGACACAUAAUCAUGCUUUUGAUUUAUAUAACGUAAUCCCAGUGCUCGAAGUACUAUGAUUUCAACC